UAGGGUUGCAUAUGGCCCGCUGGCAGCUGGUUGCCCACCCUGGCAUGCCCGAGGAUAAAACAACAUGCCGCCAAAUCAAAUGCUCUCAGGCAAUGCUCAAUUGAAUGAAUCCUGAAUCCUCGCUGCUGAUUGGCUGCCGAGCUCUGCCUCUCGUCGGGAUGGACCUGUUGGAUAAAGGGACCAUUUUGUAAAGAAGCCCCCGUAUGCACUUGUGCACAGAGGAUCAUGCACUGGGGAGCAGCCUGUUACAUCCACUGAAGGGGAGGGGGAAAAAAACCAACAACAACAACAACAAUCCUCCCAGCCGAAGCUAACCCACCAUGACGGGCAAACAAGGCGCGGUGCUGUCGGGAACUUUAAACCCCAUGGAGAUGAGAAGACCCCCUCUGGGUGCAAGUGGAGCUAGCAGCAUCAACAACCAGCAGCAGCCGGCCAAGACCACCGUCAUCCACCCUCCCGGCAGGUGCACGGGCUUCGGCAUCCAGGAGAUCCUGGGGCUCAACAAGGAGCCGUCCUCGGCCCCGAGGAGCUCGCUGAGCUCCUUGCCGGCCGGGGCGCAUCUCAUCGCCGCUAGGUCCGUGUUGGGCCACGCAGGAGUGGGUGUCGGGAUGGGAUUAAUCGGCCCCGGUGGGAUUCCGGCGUUUUACCGGCAACCUGCGUUUUUGGAGGGCGUGCUGGAGCCGCAGGACGUUCACCUGCAGCCCCACAACACCUCCGCUGCAGGGCGGAUGCAGGACGCGGGGCAGUCCGCGAGCUCUGACUCUGAGGAUUUGUCUUCAAGUGAAAGAAAAGUGUCCAACAAGUCUUCAAUAGCGCAGAGCAAAAAACGCAAGAAAAGACGUCACAGGACCAUAUUCACGUCGUACCAGCUAGAGGAGCUGGAGAAGGCCUUCAACGAGGCCCAUUACCCGGACGUGUACGCGCGAGAGAUGCUGGCCAUGAAAACAGAAUUGCCCGAAGACAGGAUACAGGUGUGGUUUCAGAACCGCAGAGCCAAGUGGAGGAAGCGAGAGAAGUGCUGGGGUCGCAGCACCGUCAUGGCGGAGUACGGCCUCUACGGGGCCAUGGUCAGGCAUUCCAUCCCGCUGCCGGAGUCCAUCCUCAAGUCGGCCAAGGACGGCAUCAUGGAGUCGUGUGCCCCCUGGCUGCUCGGGAUGCACAAAAAGUCCAUGGAGACCCCGGCGCCCCCUCAUCCGGCGGCCGCCAAAUGCGACGAGCCGCCCCCGCCGCCGCCGCCCAUCUCUCAGAGGGCCGAAGACUCUGAGACGGAGGAGCGGAGGUCGAAGGGCGAGUCGGCCAUUUCUAAAGAGGAACUGAGAGAGAACAGCAUCGCUGCCCUUCGGGCCAAAGCGCAGGAGCACAGCGCCAAAGUGCUCGGGACGGUUUGUCAGGACAGACUGGCCGAGGACGAGCGGGAGAAGAGGGCCCCCCCUCGAAGUCCCCCCCAGGAGGAGGCGCACAGCCCCUAA